AUGUCCUUCAGCUGGAAAGGUCUUUUGGGCGUCAAUCAGUCCUCCGCCCCGUCCUCCACCACUUCUGCACCGAGCGCUCCAGGCUCACACCAAGCCUCGGCAUCCCCAGCGAGCCAUGCCUUGCCCAUCGGAACGCCCGGCUCUUCCAUCGGCGGCAGCGUCGCGUCCCCAACUUCGGCCGGCUCAUCCGCCAUGAGCCCGCCAUCAGCGCGUGCUCCCCUCAACUCCAAUCCCUUCGCCGCAACACAGCCAGCCGUGCCGGCCGUGCCAUUGUUCGGAGGCAUGAUUCCCUCGUCCAACUCUUUCCACAGCACCAGCUACAUCCCUUCCUCCUCGGCAACCACCCAGUCUUCCGUCAUCUCUCGCAAGCCCUCCGAGAUUCCGGUCAACGCCGCCGAAGGUGGAGGCUAUCUCCUCGGAAUGGAAAACUUUGGCAACACUUGCUACGUCAACUCCAUGCUCCAAUCGCUCUACUUUUGCCGCCCCUUUCGCGACUCGGUCCUGAGUUACAACGUCGCUCACCGCGACCGCUCCGAAUCCGAUCCGGAUCACCCAAGAAGCCAUCAUGACAGUGUCAACUCAGCAGUCCCAACACCUCUCAACUCAACAUCCGAGCCCGCCGAUGGAAUUCCGCCAGCAGACACCCUCUUUGCUGCCCUUCGUGAUCUGUUCGAGGUUAUCCAGCAAUCAGGCCAUCAAAAGUCGCUCUCGUCGCCUACGAGACUCACAGCUCCCGGCUCUUUGCCACUCUCGAGCCCUAUCACACCCUCUCCCCCGUCUCUAGGCUCUGCAGACCCACCGAAUGUUGCAAGGAGGACAUCCAUCCUCGGUCGUCCCUCGACCGCAGGUGGCAUCGCUGGCAGGGGUGGAGCCGGCAACCACAUCGCAGCAAACCAAGCCGGCAGCACAGCUGCCGCCGCCGCCCAAGCGAUUCCCAUCGCGGCCAGCUCGUCCGCCGGCGCAGCUCCUCCUACUCUUUCCGUAUCUACCAGCUCAACGGGCACGCUAGCCUUGGGCUUCCCUGCAGUGGAUUCCAACGCGGUCAAGGCGUUCCUGGGCACCCUCAAACGCGAAAACGUGCUCUUCGACAGCACGAUGCACCAGGACGCGCACGAAAUGCUCAACUUUGUGCUCAACAAAGUCGGCGAAGACCUGAUCGACGCCGACAAGGCGCGAACCAAGGUAAAGAUGCAGAGCCGCAAUCCCUACCUCAACGCCAGAUCCGAGUCGGACAAGACUGUCGAUGCGCAUCGCAGAAACAACGUCAUGGAAGUGGGGCCGAGCGGAAAGACGUGCGUGCAUCGGCUCUUUGAAGGCGUUCUGACCAACGAGACCCGAUGCCUGACGUGCGAGACCAUCACUUCGCGCGACGAGUGCUUCCUCGACCUCUCGAUCGACAUCGAGCAGAACUCCUCCGUGACUUCGUGCCUGCGCCAGUUCUCCGCGUCCGAGAUGCUCCGGUCGCGAAACAAGUUCUUCUGCGACUCCUGCUCGGGACUCCAAGAGGCGGAAAAGCGCAUGAAGAUCAAGAAGCUGCCCAACUUACUUGCGCUUCACCUCAAACGCUUCAAGUACGAAGAGACCGUCCAGCGCUACGUCAAGCUGGCCUACCGCGUCGUUUUCCCGCUCGAACUGAGGCUUUUCAACACCUCGGACGACGCAGAGGACCCCGACCGCCUCUACGAGCUUUGCGCCAUCGUUGUGCAUAUCGGAGCUGGACCCCACCACGGCCACUACAUCGCCGUCGUCAAGGUUGGCGAUCGCUGGGUGCAAUUCGACGAUGAUGUGGUGACGUACAUCGACGAAGCUGAGAUCGCUAAAUACUACGGAGACCGACCCGGCCUUGGUAGUGCUUACGUGCUGUUCUAUCAGGCAGUCGACCUCGACUUUGAUGGACUCGGCCUCGUCGAUCCGGCCAUCCAAGCUUCGAUCCAGCAGAAGAUGGCCACGAACGGACGCACGAACGGCCGGGGUCGGGCCGGCUCAACGACCACGGAGCCGAUGGAUGCGCGCCAGCAUGUCCCCUCGCCCGAGAGGGCGGGCGGCGCAGCGCUGCCGAAUCGAUCGCGGCUCGACUCGGUGACAGAGGGAAGCCCCCUGGUUGCUGGAGCUGCGGGUGGCUCGGCAGGCGCCGAAGCCGGUCAAGGCGCGAAUGGCUGGUUCGGCUCGUUCCGCAACCGCGAUAAACGCGCAGGCAGCCAGUCAAAGAGGAGGCCAAAGACGACCUCGUCCGUCGACCCGCUACCGGCCGGAACGGCCGGGUUACCCGCAUCCGCAGCUUCGGCGGAUCCAACCAAGCUCGGUCUGGGCGACGUUGAGGGAACGACGCCUGACAAUGCCUCGGUCUCGACUCACUCGACGAGCGCCAACGAGGGCGCUCCUCGAGGCAUCACGACUGCAUCUGCUUCCAUCACGCCGUCGACGGAACUCACUGGAUCUGCGAUUCUGCCUGGCUCACAAGCCGCUGAUCACGAGGCCGAUGCUUCGCCUGCGCGUCACGGCCCGAUGACGACGACGCCUGCCUCUGAAGUGCUGUCAAGUCGAGGCACGACCGAGUCGCCCAGCGAGUCAAAGUACAGCCGGAUGAUCGGGAACCAGGCGGAUGCCGCCGCGAAUCGCGAGGCGAGAGAGCAUAACUUGAUGCGGGGCAUCAUGAAUCGUAGGGCUCGAGCUGCGUCGGAAGGCUUCCCAUCCCCAGGUGUACUCUCCGAGGCUGCUUGGGGCACGAAAGGCCCUUUGCCGUCGCCUGGUCAGCCUAUGCUGGGCGGUGGCUUGGUCGCGGAUCCCGAGGAGGCCACGCACGCUGGGCACGCUGCGCACACGGUGGUAACACCCUCUGCCAUUGACUCGGGACCCAGUCCUGCUUCGACGAUCCCUAUCGCUUCGCAGCAGCGGGAAGGACCGUCUGGACCUUCCUUUGCGCCGCUGGAGAGACUGCUGUCGAAAAAAGACGCCAAGACAAGGAAUGCGCGGAGGGCAUCCUCGGGCUACACUCCAAUGUCGCCCGGGACGGAAAAGAAGGAAGGGAUGCUGUCGAAUCUGUUCUCGUCGAGCUCGUCAGCCUCGUCCGCGGCUCAGUCGAAACGCAACUCGAUGCAGCAGAUGCCAGCAGGCUCGCCGUCGGAAGGCGGGGCUGCAACGGGAGAUGGGCUGCCGCCCUCGCGUAAACCCAGCAUAACGACUCGAACGAUCAGCAAGACGUUCGGAUUCGACACAGCUGCCUUCGCCACCACCACCGCUCAAGGAGCGCGACGAAGUCUUGUGCAAGCCGAGCGCUUGGUAGGCCCCGCCUCGGCCAUGCAGAUUUCGCCGAGCUGUACCACCGUUGCCGAGCGCUCGAUCGCUACCGCCCUCCUCAGCGCGUGGGCGGCUGCAGCACGCGACCACAGUGACCGACCUUCGCCACGUGUCUGCGAAGGAACGGACCAUCAAUUCCACACCCCGCUGUGGCUGGCUCGCAAAGGCUCCGCUGCGGUGCUUAGCGUCCGCACCACUAGACCUGUCAAGCCUGCAGAGGCAUGCAGUGCAGCAUCGAUGGCGCCAAGCGCCUCGACUCAACGCCAUCGCAAACCUAUGUGGCUGGCGGACCUCUUGAUCUUGUCCGAUCGCCGCCUCGGCUCGCAAAAGUUUCGCGUUCCUGAGACUGACAGCGGGCAAUGCGAGGUCUGGGGCUCUCUGUCCACCCCGCACUCUACGCACUCCGGUGAACCCUCUCUUGGCGAAUGGUAUAUAGAUGUGUCUACCACGGACACGCUUGAGCCCCCUCCGACACCUUCUUCUCCUCGAUCUCCCUGUUCGCGCAUCUUUGUUGGUAUUGUCGUCGAAGCGCCAUCUGCUGGCCUGCGAUCGGCUUUCACGAUGCGUUCCGCACCUAUCUUCCAGCCUGCGCUGGGCUCUUUCCGCUCCGUCUCUCUAGACCAAGUCUGCGGCGAUGGUCUCAACUUCGCUGCACAAUACCCCGUGGACGAGUAUGUGGCCUCGCUAGCUAAUGGCGCUGCUCGUCUGGAGCUGUGGACGAAUCUGCCAGUAUCGCAGAACAGCUCCGAGUCUACUUCGCGACCCGUCGCGUGGAACGCGUAUCCUCUCCUUCCCGUCCGGGCCGCCUUGGAUCGUGCGACGGGCUACUCGUUUGCCGCCCGCGUGCAAUGCCUCCCCGCCGCAAGCGAGGGUGUGUUCAACUUCACCUAUCGAAUCGUACAUCUGGACGGUCAGAUUGACUGGCUCGGCUCGCCCUCCACCGACGGUCGCAUUCGUCUGCCCUCCUCCGAUACUUUUCCUCCGGCCAUUCGACAGCUCGUGCUGCCUCACCGUGGCACCCGGCUCGAACUCAGCGCUUUCCAGGAGCACGACCACUCCGUCGAGCUAGCCACUCUUACACCCGGUCGCAGCGCUUCUGCGACGAGUCUCUCUUUCGACAUUGAUGCGAGCGAUGUUCAGUCGGGCCUGGUAAUCGAGCGCACCAAAUCGACAUGGUGUACAUCCAGGCGCUUUCAAUCUCUGCACGAAGUCUCUCCCGACUUUGCAGCAGGCCUGUUGGUGCUCGAGCUCAACAAGGCGGCCGCGGGCGAGGUGCUUGUCCUGAUGCCCGUCUUUGACGACACCGUGCUGCCGCCUAGAUUCGUCCGCUCUUCAAGCAGCAACAACAAGGCCACCUUUCAGAUCGAGGUCGCUUCGCCGCAUGUCCAAGUCAAGGUCGCGCUCGCGCUCGGUGCCUCUACGCAGCUGGAAAGUACCAUCAAAGCGUGUCGCUCCCACGCGGCGAGGCUGCUGAGAACCUGCGGGUAUGAGCCUCUCGGCCUGCCUUGGUCUGCUGCCAAGGCCCUCGACGUCGAAGCGCCUCUCGCAGCAAGUAUUGACGUGGUCUCUGCGGACACGAAGAUUUAUUCGGAGCCCGAGUGCGUCGACAUCUCCUUUUACUCGGAUUCGACUGCCGUCGAGGGCACGAUCACCACCCAGGGCAUGGAAGAUUCCCAACUCCUGUCCACAGACGACACGCAAAGUAUCAGCGACUCGGACGAUGCCUCGACGAUCCACGAGGACCGCACCAUUCUCGCGGACAGCCCGCCAGGCUCCGGACAGCCCAAGGCGGGUCUUGGCUUUUGCACCUGGGAGGCGAUGCAGAACCACGAACGUCGUCCGUACCUCUCGGAGGUCGUGGCUGCGCUCGAGGCUGCCGAGAAGAGGACUGGACCUGGCUUCAUCACCUCUCUGCUCAUCGAUGACGGCUGGCAGGACGUGCUGCACGCGCAAGACCAUCGAGGUCGGCUGAGCAGCUUCGAUAUGGACCCGACGAUGCUGGACGUGGGCGAUGCCGUGCAUCCUCAAGAUGGCAGCCAGCCCGUUCUGGUAUCGUACGUCGGCUACAUUCGAGACCGAUUUCCGUCGAUUCGUUCCGUGGGAUGCUGGAUGACGUUGGCGGGAUAUUGGGACGGCAUCAAUCCCGAUGGAAGCAUUGCAUCAAGUCUGAGUUCGCCGCUCAGGUCCAUGUGUAUCCAGGACCCUUAUCGCCACGCCGAUCGGAAAUGGUGGGUGCCCGCCACCGAGCUCGAUAUGCACCUGUUCUGGGACAAAGCCUUCCACUCGCUCCGCUCCAGCGGCAUCGACUAUGUCAAGAUCGAUGCCCAGGCCGAGUGGGAGUGGGCGCAAGCUCCGACCGAGCCGCUCACCAAAGGAAGCAACGCCAUCAUGCCAGGUGGCGGAAAGCUUGGCAAAGCCAUGUUCGAAGCCAUGGAGGGCGCAGCUGCACGCUACUUUGGUUCGGGCGGAGUGAUUCACUCGAUGGCCUUCACGCCCGCACUGACGAAUACCGCGAGGACGCUGCACGGCCAAGGCAUGACCAUCCGAUGCACCGAUGACUUCUUCCCCAACAUUCCCGAUGCGCACCGACAUCACCUGGCGCACAACGUGUACAACGCGCUCCUGCUUCCAGAGCACGUAUGCGAUGCAGACAUGCUGGCUCACUGCCACAUCGAGGCUGCCUCUCGGCAGGACUUCACAGGAUACCACGCUUCCUUCCGAGCCUUUACGGAUGCCAAGCUGUGGGUUUCAGACCGAGCAGAUGCGCCGACGAGCGCGUCCAUGCGCGCGCUGGCGGCUCCAGCCAAGCUGAGCUGCCAGAGCGAGCGAGUCCGGGUGCAGGAGAAAGGCCAUCUUCUCUCCAACGCCGCUUUUGAAGAUCUCAUCGGCGACGGCGCAGGACCUGCGCUCAAGCUCGGCGUCUGGCACGAGACCACCAAGAGCGCCACAUUGGGACUGUGGAACCUGCGAGGUGCGGGCGCAUCGACGUUCGACGCGCUCAACGUUGGGCAACUCUUGCAGAUGCCUGAACAGCGAGUGGCGGUGCGAAGCUUUCGAUCAGGCAAAAUCUGGUUACUGUCCGGACAAUUCUCAGAAGAGAACAGCGGUCUGCUUGGCACGACACUCGAGGCAGGAUCGUGGGAGGUGCUGACGGUGGCGCCCGUGCAGAUGGUUCCGUCGACAGGCGUCGGCGUGGCGAUGCUCGGCUCCAAGAUGCACUUCAUGACUCCAGAAGGUAUCAGUCUGGUUACCAUUUCGGCGAGCAGCUCGAUGGAUGACGGGCUGAAGAAGCGCCGCUCGUCGGUCUCUCGUCGACCUUCUCACCAGCGUCGUCAUUCCACACGCUCUGUCAGCACGUGUGACGACAGCGCCAGCGAGACAUCGCUCAUUGCGCAGUCCGCGACUGACAGGCUUGUGCCGGAGGUCCCGUCAGACUCGCGAGCGGUGCUCUUGUCACUCGCGGUGAUCAACGGAUUCUUUGCCCUGAUGCAAGGCGCUGUCACUGGCGCCACAGGAAGCCCUCGCGCUGUUGCAGGCCGACCGAGACCGAAGAUCAAGCGAGGCCGAGUCGACGUGGUGGACACAAUGCUCGGGCUGAUCGAUCAGCUGCAGACGCUUGUGGUGUUUGGCGUGCUAAUCCUCGCGUCUUGGACGUUCAUCCUCCCGACGGAGCGGAAGGGCGGUGCUGCUAAGUCGUGGUUGCCGUGGAGGAACAGCCAAGGCAGCGACCAGCGCGUGGACGACAACGAACUUAAGCGCGUACGUCUGAGUCCGCACGAUGCGGUGACGACGCUGAAACGCUGUCUCACCUCCCGCACCAUGGCUCCGCUUCGCGAGAUGCCCGUCGCAAUCACCGAACCCAAACUCACGCCCGCGAGUCCACGACCGCCAUCGUCACGCAGGACUUCGAGACAGUCGAGCUCGGACGUGGUCUUCUCGUGCUUGGUUGACGCGGCGACCACAAUCGGCUUCCUCGUGCUAUGCGAGGGCAAAGACAAGAUCAAAGAGUGCACGAUCGAUCGCAUCAGGUACGACUGCACCGCGACGCCAUGGAUCUCGAUCAGCCCGGUCGACCUUGAGGAAGGAUCCGAAUCGUGGAGUGACAAACACAGCGCCUGGAGGGUCGAUGUUGACAUGGAGGCAUGGACGGAGCAUCAGGACGUGACGUACGUUCAGACUAUCGCUGCACCGGUCCGUGUUGCGCUCCGCAUUGCAGCCACCGUGUAG